UUAUCUUCCAAAGUCACUCAAUUUGCAUAAAAAUGAAGAAAACACAAACCUAAAACCCAAGAUGGAAAAAAUUUGUGGUUGAUAACACAACGGUGGUUAGAACGGAUAAGACCGUUUCCUUCCUAUUAAGAUUAGAAAGCUCGUUAUUCCACCGAAAUUAGAUUGGACCUUUCAGUGCAUAUCGGUCCAAAAUGACGAAAGGUUCCUAUGCAGUAGGUGAAGACGCCCCCAGUCCACAAAGAAAGGACACCUCCUACAGAUCCUUCAUAUGUGCCUUAUUGAUUUUUUUGUGCAUUUGUUUAAUCGUUCUGUUGGCUUCAAUCAACUGGGGUGGCAGAAAAGCCAAACCGGAGUCGAACCACGGAGGAGAAUCGUCAGCACACAGGGGAGACCACGUGGUUGAAGAUAGUGGAAGAAAUGAAGGACGGAGGAAUCAGACGCACGAGAAAAUACGGGUGUAUGAAGAGACGACGACGCAGAAAAUCGUGAAAGAAGCAGAAGCGACGCGUCGUUUCGAGGAAGAUAAAACGACACAAGGAAACAGAGACGUCUUCCCGAAAAAAGAUAUUGAAGAAGUGACUGAACCGGAAAGCGAAGAAAAAGUCGACGCUACGACACAAAGCGAACGACACACUUCUAGUUCUAGAAAAGUUGACGAAGAAAAGGGAUCCACGACUGAAGCCAAUCAAGGAAGAAUCGAAUAUGCGAAAGUUACAACAACAGAUGACAUAGAUGAAAGUUCAGAAGAACCGGGAACGAAAGACCAGGUGUCUUCGACAACUGAACAAGAAGCUGAAGCGAUUUCCACCACAGUUGAUUCACAUUUCGAGCAACAAAACGAAGACGACGACGGUUUUAAAAGCGUCAUAAAUGCAACUACCACGGAUGAAGCACAAGAAGAAACCACCACAGAAGAAUCAACUUUGUUUGCAAAAAUCAAACUUCUAAUCACUUCGACGACCGAAGGUGAAGAAAGCACGACUGAACAAGAACAACAAAAUGAAGACCACGACGUUUCAACUAGUGAAGCAGAAGAACCCACCACUCAGACACAAGUCUCAGUCAUGGAAUCCGACCCAGAAGACUUAACUGAAGCCACUGAAAUCCCGGAAAAGUUGUCGCUGGUUCUAACCACAACCCCUCGAGCCAACGCGUCGCAACCAUCUACAUCUACGACCACAACGGAGAUCUUCGUCAUGGAGUCCGACCCGGAUGACUUCACUGAACCCAUCGCGGUCAAAACGGAAACUUUUACUUCGUCUCCGUUACUAAGAUCGUUCAACCCGGUUUGUCAGACCCCUACUUGCAAAGCCGCGUCUUCACGCAUCCUGAGUAUGAUGAACCACUCGGCGGAACCCUGCGAGGACUUCUACGAGUUUGCGUGCGGGCGGAGUUACCACCCUGAAGAGGAAUCUUCGCAAGAGUUGAACCUUCUGGAGGAACAACUGAGUAAAGUUAAUGAUUCGUCUGCAAAGUUUGUGCUAGAUUUUAACCAGUUUUACCAGAGUUGUUUGGGGUAUGAAGAUAAGUAUGACUAUAGGAGUCGGAUGGAGAAACUUGAGGAGUUGCUGGAUGAGGUGGGUCAGUUCCACUUCAAUGAGUCAGCGGAGAUAGAUCUAACUGAGUUGGUGUCUUCGCUAGUGCUGCGUCAAUCGAUGCCGUUGUUUGAUGUUGGAAUUGACGUGGAUAAGCAAUCUUCGAAUUUGAUCCUCCAGUUGAAUUUGCCUCAUCAAAGUUUUCUACGUGCGGCUUUGGAAGACUGGUCUGAGUUGUCCUUACUGAAGAAACUGUGUCUUCGGAAACAAGAGUCGCUCGUGCUUGAAGACCAAAUCAGUCUAACGGAUGUGUACUCAUCGUAUGAAGGGUGUCAGGGUGACUACGGUCCUUACGUGGACUCAGUUGGCAACGUGCUCAGAGAAUUGAAAGCUUUUUCCAGUCUGAGUCCUAACGAUUCACUCAAAGAAACCACAAAUACAAAAAUGAACAUAGAAUUCGAAGUUUUGGACACCCUUAAGGACCUGCUGGAUUCCGGAGCCAUUUUGAAAUCCUUCAUGAACAAAAAGUACGAAAUGAGGCGGAUCGUGGACUUGCAAAAACACUUUGGUCUCCUCGACUGGAAGCGACUUUUCCAAACACUCACGGGUCACCAGAUCCAAGACAACACUUUAGUCCAAGUCUAUUUCGCCGACUAUUUUCGCAAACUCUUCAACCCAACCAAAGUUGAAAAAAUUCGUAAAAGCCCGAAGGUGCUAAACAACGUCUUCCUGGCAAUCCACGCCUACGACUUGUUCGUUAAUACCGUCCUGCCUAAGGAGAAGUUCAAACGACCCAGCUUCUGUAUGGACGUGUCCAAGAAGCUGCUUCCAGACGUGUGGACGUACUUCGUCCAAAACACGAUUUCCACCCACCAGCAAACCGUCGACAACAACAAACUCAAAAAGUUGUUCGAGGAGUUGAAACUAAAUUUUUGCAAGUCUCUCAAUGGUGCUAAAUGGAUCGACGAAAACACGAAAGUGGCGAUAGUCAAGAAGUGCAACAAUUUAAAUCUGGUUACUUUUACCCCUCUGGAUAGCGCUUCUUUGGCUAAAAACUACCAAGAGUUAAACGUCACGGAUGAUUACCCGACGAACUUAAUUAAUUUGUUGGAGAAUUAUAAACGGAUGGUGUAUUCCACAGCGGGCACGCCCAUUUCUGCCAACACCAUAUUUUCCUACUUCUUAGACCCUUUGGAUGUCAAACCUUUAACAUUCUACGCCAACCCCAUGAUUGUCGUUCCGUUGGGUCUGAUGCGAAAAACCCCCACCGGACUCCCAGACUACAUGGUCAAAACCCGUGCUGGGUUUGCCAUAGCGCGCCAACUGGCCCGCCAUUUUGACCCGACUGGUAUGACCUACGGAAUCACCCUCACUUCGACCUCCAAAUCCUCCUACACUGAGUUCGUGGAAACCAUGAAGACCCUCAUGGACUACUCCAGUCCGCGGAUCUUCAACGACAAGAACAUCAGUUUUGCUUUAAACGGGUCUUUAUCUAUCAAUGAGAGGAUUGUCGACAACACCGCUUUUCGAAUAAUUUACGACUCGGUGAACUUCGCCCCAGAUGCAGAUCUUCUGCCCUGGAUAUCCUCAGACUACGCUAGAGAGAAAGUUUUCUUUAUAGCGAUAGCCCAAGAAAUGUGCAAGAAGACCUCUAUGUUGGACUUCAUGUUGCAAGUUUUUGAAGAGCGCCAUCUGCCGGCGGUGUUACGUGUUGAAAACAUCAUAGGCAAUUCGCAGCAGUUUGUUUCGAAAUUCGGGUGUGGGGUGGGCUCCGGUAUGGACUUCUCCCAAAAGUUACAGUUUCCGUUUUUGGAGGUAUAUGAAGAUGACUAUGAAGGGGGAGAUGAUGUGUAUCAGGGUUAAUUGUGUUGUGUGUUUGUAGCGUAAUUAAUAAAAACAUACUAAGUACGA